AUGGAUAAUGCUAUUAUUCCCUUUCAAUUCGAAGAAAUCAUCGACCUUGACGAAGACGGAAUAGCCACCAGCGCCGACACUACCACCGCCCUAACUGACAUUACGCCGUUCACGUUUUUUACUACUUCCGGCGAUUCAUUGGCCAAAA